AAUUCAUCUACAAGGCUUGAAGGCAUCAAUAAUAAUAGAACUGACGAUGAAAGUAAUCGCGAGAUGUUAGUUGGUGAUAAUGGUAGUAAUGAGAAAGUAAACAGUUCUCUACCUAAAAGGUUAUUAGAAAAAGAAGUUCUGCAAUGUGUAUAUGAAAAAUGGUUAGAGAAAGUUAGUGAAUUCCAGAUGAUUAUAUGCACAAAAGAAAGACACACCAAAGUAGAGUUAACCGAAGACAGACAAGAAGCACUAGGAAGUUGUGUAGAUACCUCUAAAGAUAAAAAAACAGUGCUUAAAUGGGACUCAAAAUCUGCCAAAGGUCUUGACAAAGCUUGCGAAUCCUGA